CCUUCUCAGCUUGCUCCCCCCAACACCACCAUCACCGCCACCACCGCUGUUCUCCCACCACUAACCCCGCGCCGGCUGCUGGCGCAUUCUCCGCCGCUCAUUCCACGUCACUCCAUGCCAACUCGCCGCCAUCCCUUGUUUCGAGAUCAUUUCGCGCCAUCUCUUCGCAACUGCACAGCGCGGCGAUCCUCACGAAUCCUCAGCCUUUGAGUAGACUCAAACGCAACUGCACAGCGCGUCCAUCCUCCGACGAAUCCUCAGCGCCAAUCGCCCUCAUUUGCCACCAAGUGCGCCUCGCAGCACCUGGCUCUUCGCGAUUCGCCAGCAGCCUUGCAGCGCCUCGAUCCGGCAGCCUUGCAGCCUUGAUCCGAACAACCGCGUUGCGACCAGCCAGUUUUCACCUGAUUCUGAAGCCACUCUCGAAGCCGACUGAGUCGGCGUUCAGAAUAAAACUUGAUUCACUAGCUGAUCGAGUUCGAUCCCUCAAGUUCGAUCCCUCGAGUUCGAUCCCUCGAGUUCGACCCGCUCUUCCGCAGCCCUGCCACAUUGCCGGCCCAAUUUCACGGUGUCGACUAGGAUCGCUACCCUUGUAUCGGGAAGGCGUGUCCGCUUCCGUUUCUUCAAUCCCCUGUCUGAUCGACCUCUGGGUCCUCUCAGUCUGUCACAUCAACGGCCAGGAUUCGACUAGGUCGCCCCAGUCAAUCAGAUUAACGGUCAGAUCGCCAUGUCGUCUUCUCAGCCGUCUCAAUCGGACGGUCUCUCCGCAGCCGCCGCUACGCCGCCUGAGGCGAGCGGAGGGGCGCCGGCAGAGCCGCCAGCGGCGAAGGCGCCGUUCAAGCUGCCCACACCCGAGGACAUGGCGGCUCAGGAGAUGAUGAACCACUGCGGCGUGCGCACCGUCAUCAGCGGCGUCAUGGGGGGGGGCAUGGGUGUGAUGAUGGGGCUUCUCUUCGGCGCCUUGGAUCAGCCCCUGCAUGUGGAGGAUAUGAGCACACGGCAGCAGCUGGUGCACGGAUUCAAGCAGAUGGCGCAGCGCAGUUGGCACACGGGAAAGACGUUCGCAGUGAUGGGCGCCAUCUUCUCAGCGUCAGAGUGUGUGGCAGAAAAAGCGAGGGCGAGGCACGAUGAAGUGAACACAGUCAUCGCAGGGUGUGUCACUGGGGGAGCGCUGUCUGCUAGAGCGGGCCCACAAGCCGCCUGCAUGGGCUGCGCUGGCUUUGCUGCAUUCUCGCUGCUAAUUGAGAAGGUUCUAGAGCGGUACCAAUAGUGGGUGGGGGUGCCACUCUCGAUUUGUAACCACCACCAGCGGUGCCCGCCUGCCUGCCUUCGCCACCUUCCCCCUGCUCAGUGAAAGGGUGCUAGAUCUCUACCACUAGUGGUGCUCAACUACAGUAGUGUUGCUGACUCUGUAGUGGCGCAGCCAUUGGUAGUCCUCCCAUGAUCCCAUUAUAAGAGAAUCCCAUUACUAGUGCUAGCACUGGUGAUGAUAUAUCAGGAAUCACUGCACAAGUAAUCUGCAAUCCAGGUGCCAGGAAUUGCCCAUUCAAGUAGCCGUGUAGUGUAGA